UCCAUCGCAAACUACCUGAAGUGUUCUCAGCAGACUACAUCACCAAACGCGACAAUGGCUUCUGUAUACAAGACCCUCUCGACCGAGCGCACUCGCUCCAAGGCGGAAUCCGACGGUGUCUCUUCCGCCUCUAAGCGGAAGAACGCCCAGAGAGUCCUGAUCCUCUCGUCGCGAGGCAUCACCACUCGCUCCCGCCACCUCCUCAACGAUAUCGCAGGCCUCCUCCCCCAUUCCCGCCGCGAGUCCAAGUUCGAUUCCAAGAAAAACCUGCGCGAUCUGGCCGAGAUGGCAGAGUUGUACAACUGCAACAACGUCAUGUUCCUCGAAUGCCGGAAACACCAGGACUCAUACCUUCACUUAGCCAAAGUGCCCAACGGCCCAAGUCAAAAGUUUCUGGUCCAGAACAUUCAUACCAUGGAAGAGUUGAACUUCUCAGGAAACUGCCUGAAGGGUUCCCGACCUAUUCUCUCCUUCGACGCCGCAUUCGAGACCGAGCCCUCCCUCCGCCUCUCCCGCGAGCUCCUUACUCACAUCUUUGGUGUUCCUGAGGGCGCGAGGAAGGCCAAGCCUUUUGUGGAUCACGUUAUGGGCUUCAGUGUCUUGGACGGAAAGAUUUGGGUGCGCAACUACCAGGUCAAGGAAGAAGACACUGCCGAGCAGAAGGACAUGUCGCUACUUGAGAUCGGACCUCGUUUCUGCCUGACCCCGAUGUUCAUCCAGGAAGGCUGCUUCUCGGGCCCCAUCAUCUAUUCGAACAAGCAAUACGUAUCUCCCAACCAAAUCAGAUCAGACAUGCGGAGACGCGACGCCAUCAAGCACAGCGCCCGCGCGGAGCAGCACGUCGAGCGGUUCGCGAAGAAGGACCGGCUCGGUAUCUCCAGCGGAAGCAAAGACAUCCGGGCGAACGAGCUGGAUUCGAGGACGCUGUUUGCUUGAGCGGGUGGGAGUGUAUGAGACGGUUUGGUUGGAUGACGAUAGACAAAAGUAGCAGCAGUCGGUCCAACGCGGGACCGGCUAAUAAUACCCAUGUAAAAGAUGAGU